GUCAGUCAGUAGUUGAGAAGUCGCCCCUGGAGUGAGGUAUCGCGCCUGCCGCUUCUCGUCCCGAUGUCGAGUUCCAUCUGAAGAGGCAGGAGGAUCGUGACAUCAUUGACACAAGUACGAACUUCCACUUUGCCGCUGAGCGAUGAGUACGGAAUAGAUCAGAAUGGACAACUUGGGGUUUAGCAAAGAUGAAGAAACUGAUAAUCACGAACAGAACGCAAAGAGUAAAGAUGAUACCAGAAGCAAUCCUCAGAGACAAGACAGUGGUACUUCAGAGCUAAAGGACAGUGAGGAUGGAAGUAGCUCAGUAGUAUACGGUGCGAGUUCGACAAAGGAGAAGGUGGAGGAGGAGGUCCAUAUAACCAUGGCUGACACAGAUGAUGACGUGGAAGCUGACAGGGCGCACCCAAACAACCCCAGGAUAACGAUCAGCGAAGCUGUGAACAGCCCUUGUGGAAGUGACAGCAGCCAGAAGAGAGCGCAGGAGACUAAGGCUCCAGGGAGAUGCCCGAUUUACUACGGCAUCAAGAGUUACCUCCAUGAUUUCUACUACCCUCCGGACAAGGAGGUACUCAAGAGUGGGGAGUUCACACAGGAGGACGAUUUCCAGUUCCUUGUGGAACCUGGGCGGCGACGCUGGAGAGGGUGUUGGUUCCGUGCCGGUAUCUGGGUAGGCGUCAACUUGAUGCUAUUAGGCAUCAUAGCGAUGCUAGUUGGCCACCUGACGCCGGCUCGCGAAACCAUCGUGAGUCAACACGAGAACUACACGAUCCUGGACCGCUGGGCUGUCACCUACAACAAUCGUCUGGUCAUCUGUCAGCUAGCAGGCCUUGCAAGUUUCACUUGUGGUUCCAUCAUCGUGAUGUUGGUACUCCUGAUUUCCAGCUACCAACAGGAACAAACACGCGCUUACUACGUGAUGGCUGCUACCGUGGUGCCAGAAACGUUUGUGGGCAACCCCCGUGUGGGUCCCAAGAAGGGAUGGGCCAUCCAUCGCAUCCCCUUGAGCGGGUCCGUGCGUGGUGUCCAACCCACCUUAGUCCGCACUAACUAGACUGGAGGAUUCAGGAUUCCGGAUUUCAGCUCGUUGGUCAAAUACCUAAUAUUUAUCUAAAUCUUUUAUUUCAUGUUCAACUGACCAAAUAUACUAUUGUAAACCAAAUUCACAGCUACAAGUAAUCUUCAUUCGUUUGUGUAACAGGGGUUUAUACAGAUAUAUUCAGGAUAACUCAAAUGUCUCAAAUUUCAAAAAAGGUUUUUUUAGUCUUAUCAGAUUUUAAGUGACAAAUUAUUGAAAUAUAUUACAUUCAAAUGUCAUAAAAACCAAUAAGACAAAAUUUAUGUUAAAACAUUUCUAUUUAUGGGUGUCACUUCACGAUUUUUACUUAUCCCACAUAAACAAUAUAGUUCUGGAAUUACUUAUUCGCUUUGGUUACAGCCUGCAUACUAUUACAUGGAUCAUCCUUGACCAAACUAAGUGCUAUGUCCCAAGUUAGUUAAAAUAUUCGAGAAAUAACCAGUUAAAUUAAAGUGAUGUUAUUGGAUACCAGGGGCUUACUUAAAUUUUUACGUUCCAAAAUGGACGCUUGCUAAAUACCAAUUUGCCUGUGACUUUGACUGAGGUUUGAUAUUUCGAUGGUGGUGACAAUAAUAAUCAAAUUUAAACUCAGUAAAAUAUUCGUAAACAUUAUUUUGGUAAUGAUCAAGUACAAAAUAAUAUUGGACCGUUGUGUACAUAUAAUAGUUGUCUAAUGAAGAUCUAGUAUUUAACAAAAAUAUAUUCAACGUGUUUCAUAAGAUCAUAAAAUUACAACAGAACUGAUCACUCCUUAAAUAAGUUAUAUCGGAUUCACUGAGUGUUGAAAGUGAUGUCCCGCCCUCAAAGUCUAUGGGGCUGUGACUUACUGAGGAGAGAAAUCUGUGGCAGUCCAUGUGAACUGCGUAAAUUGCCGAAAUUUCCUAGAAAAGAAUGAUAUUUGACAUAGUGAAAAAGUUUGACGUUUAUUCGGGGAUUUGUAAGAAACAAUCCACCAGUCCUAUCAGUAUGAAACAGUUAUGGAUAAUGCUACAAUAUCUCAAAGCUAAAGCAGUUAAGUUUGUGUUAUUGUUGACCGCAUGCGGACCAGUCACCACGGUAAUGUGGGCGGCGCAUCACUCCUAACACCCGGUGAAUCGAGGAGGUCACUUAUAUGAGGCAGAUUUCCACUCAGAGAUUCCUCCAAUUCAGUCUUAUUUAUUUAAACUUUAUUCUAUAACUGCUUUCAAUACUAGUUACCAUAUAGUAUUGCCAGUUUCGUCAAAUAUAUUGUUACCUUUUCCCUGUUUCUAAAUAACUUUAACUGAUGAUCACGUAAAAGAUUCUUGUACUUUGGUGGCUUCUACAAACAGUGUACGAGAAAAAGUAAAGUUAAAGUAGUUAGUGAUUAAUGUGUAAAGUUAUUCAAAGGUGUGUUAAUAGUGGUGAAUGAUUAGUUACUUUUGAUUAUGAUUACUGAAAAGUGUUCCACUUAUAAGGGUACGAAUUAUCCUUUUAUUAAAACAAAUCCAAAUUUUUGGACAUCUUUCUAAAUAAUAUAAAAUGUAAUUGCAAAAAAUAUGACAUUGCAAAUGAAAAACAUAUCACGAGGAUUAUUUUUCAACUCUUCACUCUUAAGUACAUUCAACUAUGUAUUUAUAAAUGGUGUAUCUCAUGUGCUUUUCAGUGUUUGGCUCAAAGAUCAACAAUAUUGUAGCUUCAUCAUUGUUGAUGUUAGAUUAAAUCAGACUGAAUUUAUUGUUAUAAUUGCUGUUACAUUGUUGUAUGUUGUUACUAUAGUUGUUAGCUUGCAUUGUUUUGGAUCAUUGUUGGUUGUACUACUAAUAAAUGUUCUCACUUUUA